CUCCACCUCCAUCAUCCGCCUGACCCACACUCACGCUCGCCCAGCAUGCACGCCUACAUCAUGGACGCCGACAUCAAGCAGCUCAGCGAGCUGCCGGGCAAGCUGCGCCGCGACGCGCCGGCGCCCAGCGUCGACGCCGACGGCACCGAGGUGCUCGUCGACGUCUACAGCGCCAGCCUCAACCUCUUCGACCAGCUGCAGGUGCGCGGCAAGUACCAGAUCAAGAAGCCCUUCCCCUACAUCCCAGGCACCGAGAUCGCCGGCGUCAUCUCGGCCAACUCGCCGAUCCCCGAUGGCUGCAACUGGGUGCCGGGCAAGACGCGCGUCUUUGGCAGCGCCAAUGGCAGCUAUGCAGAGCAGGUCGUCGCGGAGAGCUCGUCGCUGCAGGAGAUCCCAGAGGGCAUGUCGUUCGAGGAGGCUUCCGGGCUCUACGUGACCUGGCCGACGUCUUACGCAGCGCUGCGCUUCCGCGCCAACGUGCAGCCGGGCGAGUGGGUGCUCAUCCACGCCGGCGCUGGCGGCGUUGGUCUCUGCGCGAUCCAGAUCGCAAAGGCCCUCGGCGCCAAGGUAAUUGCGACGGCGGGCAGCGACGAGAAGCUCAAGGUGUGCACUGAGGUCGGCGGUGCAGAUCAUGCCGUCAAUUACCGCGACAAGGAGUGGUUCAAGAAGGUGAAGGAGAUCACGGAGGACCACGGCGUCGACGUCGUGUACGACCCGGUCGGCAUGAUUCUCCCGUCGCUGAAGUGUAUCGCAUGGAACGGACGGAUUCUCGUCAUCGGCUUCGCUGCGGGCGACAUUGAGAAGGUGCCGGCCAACCUGGUGCUGCUGAAGCAGUGCACCCUGAUGGGCGUCUUCUGGGGCCUCAACACCGUCAAGGACCCGGAGCAGGUGCCCAAGGUCUGGGACGGCAUCAUGGAGCUGCUCACGAGCAAGAAGGCAAAGGCCGUCGUCUACAAGAAGGUCUACGACGGUCUAGACCAGCUGACGCCGGCUCUCGAGGCGCUGAUGGCGCGCGAGACCUGGGGCAAGGUGGUUCUCCGCGUCCGUGCCGACCCCCAGAACCCGCCCAAGGGCAAGUCGAACCUGUAG